AUGGCCAGCGGUGAUGUUGUUCAAAUAGAUACGUGGAGAGCUGUGUCCGGGAAAAACAGUGGGCGUACCGAUUGGCUGUUUUGUGAUUGCCAAACUGGCAAGAUAUUAGUUAGAGCUUCAAGUAAUUGGGUGAUGAUGAAUAAAGAGACAAGAAAGUUAUCCAAAUUUCCAGAUGAAGUUCGAGCCGAAUUACAACAAUACUUUGUGGAUAAACCAUCACCUAUUAUUGAAGUAAAUGCAAGCACAUAUCAAAAACUCGAUAAGCACAAUAAUGUAUGUGUUCGUAAUGGUCUAAUGGCAACAUGGAAAGAUUUGGAUAUGAACCAACAUGUCAAUAAUGUGAAGUAUUUUGCAUGGAUCCUUGAGAGUGUUCCAAAGCCAAUUGAGGAGAAGUAUGAGCUUGCUAGCAUGACUUUAGAGUACCGUCGAGAGUGUAGAAAGGGCAGUGUGUUGCAGUCUCAAACUUGUAUACUGAAAAGUAAUGAUGGGGUCGUUGAUUAUAAAGAUGUUGAAUGUCAGCACCGACUACAACUUGAGGGUGGUUCUUGUGGCGUGAUCGUGAAAGGAAGGACUCAUUGGCGACCAAAGUGCGUGUGAAAAUAAUUGAAAUCAACACUCAUGUGUUUAACACCUUGAUUAGUAUUCCCAAACUC